UAAAGUACAAAGAAAUCAGAAGUUACUAUGUGCUGACUAUUUUGUUCCGAUACCAGAUUCGAAUUGACGCAACUUAACAACUUGCAGUCUAGGAUGAAAAUGGCAGACCCAUGACUGAAGCUGUACAGGCCAGAGAAGAAGGCGAAGGUCCUGAAGAAGAAGGUGAAUGACCUGAUAGAGGAGAGCUGCCUGGCACACAGCUGUGGAGUCCUACAGUUGGAGAGACGAGGUGCGACCACGCCCCCUGACCUUGAGAAGCUCCGACGUGAUAUGCAUCAAGGACACACAUCUCAUUAGUGGUGGUGAGAUAAGAGAAAUUAUGUCAGACUAAUAUGCAACUGACUGUCAUAGCCCCACAUUAAAAGUAUAUGAUGGUGAGUUGAGAAUACAAUCAGAAAUACUGUUUGAAUGUUUUGCAAUUGAUUGCCAUGGCCCCAACUAAAAAAGUAAACUUUGGCUGUUAAUUACAUAAUUAUUUUUUCCACAAGGUUGGGGUCACGAGAAUGUUCAGAUAUUAAAAUGGGGUCAUGGGCCAAAAGAGUUUUGGAACCCCUGCCCUAGAUGGAGGCAGGGUGGAAGGACAGAGCAUUGGUGAGACAGAGGGAGCAAUCAGGCAAUGCAGACCACAUCAACCUGGACCUCACCUGCUCUGUGAGUACAAUAACAACUGUCAAUAGAAAUACUAAUCAGUCCACAUCACCUGGACCUCACCGGAUUGUGAGAUGCAAUGUAUUUUAAGGCCAAUGUUGGUCCGAUCACAUGGAUCAGAGUUGACAUUUAGAUAUUUUAUUAACUUGGCGGCUCAAUACGCUAACAAUGACAUGUACGCAGAGGCCCUGAACACUUACCAGGUCAUCGUAAAGAACAAGAGGUUCAGUAAUGCAGGUGGGUGGGAGAAGGAUAUCAUAUUUUAGAUUAGCCACUGAAAUGACAGGCCAGCACUGAUGAGCAUUACUGGCCCAAACACCUGUUUGUCAGAAAACUAUUUUUUACUUUCUUUCCAGGAAGGUUAAAGGUGAACAUGACCAACAUCUACUUCAAGCAGAAGGAUAAAGAUCAUGCAGAACAUCAAUGUCAUCUUCAUCCCCAUGGGCAAGUACUCUGAGCGAGAGCCCCGACAGCUUUAACUUGAUCCUGUGUGUUACCACGCCAUUGGAGACAGAGAAAGGAUGAAGAAGGCUUUUCAGAAGCUCAUCUGUCUUCUGGGGAUCGACAAGUACAUCCCACCCAACGUGAGCACUUCAAUUCUAUUCUCAAACUGAACAUAGUCAGCACAGUGAAGUGUACACUACAAUAUGAGUCCAGUCUGCACGCUUCAGCACAUGGAAAGUUCUAGGCUUUAUUGUAGUAGCAUUUACUGCAUGUUAUGCUUCCGAAGUCAUCCACGUUAGUUUUCAGGAUGACACCCAUGCCAACCUGGUAAUUGAAGCCAUCAAGAACGACAAGCUUCACCAGAUGGAGAGAGAACGAUAAGUCUUAUUCAUACAUUAUACAAAACAUCACUGUUCAUCUGUAUGAAAUGUUUCACUCAUUGUAUUUGGUCACUGGAAUCUGUUCUCUUGACUGCAGGAAAGCCCUUGCUGAGAAAUUCAUCAUGACAUCAGCCAAGCUCAUUUCCCUGACAUCUGCUGCUGGAUUUGACUAGUGUUUUUCCAAACCUCAACACUAGAGGGCAAUACAGGGUAAAUAUGGUCUGGCGUCCCCUUGGUACAGUAAUGGCAAUACUCUGUGUGGUUGUUUCUGUAGGUUUGUGAACAUGGUGAAGAGUUUCCAGUAUAACGACCUAGAGAUCACCAAAGCCAUCACCUACCUGAGACAGAGGGACUUCAACCAGGCUGAGGAGACUCUGAAGACGUUUGAGAAGAAAGAUAGCAGAGUGAAGAGUGCUGCAGCCACUAAGCUCUCCUUCCUCUACUUCUUGGUCUGACCUAUAAGCGUCUGGGGCGUCUGGAGGAGUCUCUAGACUGUUUCCUGAAGCUCAAAGCCAUCCUGAGGAACAGCGCUCAGGUCAUGUGGCAGCUAGCCAAUCCCUUUGAGAUGUUGGAGGACCCCCAUAGAGUGGCUGAUGCAGCUGAUCCGUGUGACACCCACAGACCCCCAGGUGAUGGCCGAACUGGGAGAGCUCUACGACAUUGAGGGAGACAAGUCUCAGGCCUUCCAGUACUACUACGAGGUAUUCCCCCUCCAACAUUGACGUUAUUGAGUGGCUGGGGGCCUACUACAUUGACACUCAGUUCUGUGAGAAGGCCGUCCAGUACUUUGAGAGAGCCACACUAAUCCAGUAAGUCUGUAGUCCUCAUCUCACUAUAAUAUUGCUGUGUAUGUGUCUUGAGUUUGUACAUCAUUACGUAACAAGUGAUAUGCUUUGUUUGUUGUGCCUCUAUUCCGGCAUAUCUGCGCAAUAGCCUGGGGACAAAGUAAUGUUGUAUCAUGCCCCUGCAGUAUUGAUAACUUGUCAAGUCGUUUCAUGCGAACUCAAGUGAAGUGGCAGUGUAUGGUGACCAGCUGCUACAGGAGAAAUGGUGAGUUUAUCCUCCACGUCAAAGUGAGUUACUAUGUAAAUAAAAACAUUUUGUCAGAAUGAAUUUAUCACCCUUACCGAGAUAGAAAUAAUUCCAUGUGCAAUAACCUGAACACUGCUGCUCCUUGUUCCUUCAUCCUCAUGAAACUACCAGAAAGCCCUGGAGACUUACAAAGACAUCCAAUGGAAAUUCCUUGAAAACGUUGAAUGUAAUCCACCCAAUCCCUUCUUGUCCUCUCAGCAUUACUGCUCUAAUGUAAUGGUUUAUAAACAAUUAUGUAUUGAUACUGACAUCUCUAUGGGUGUGUGUUUUUCCCAUGUCCGCCUACAGGCCUGUGUUUUCUGGUGAGGCUGUGCACAGACAUGGGUCUGAAAGAGGUCCAGGACUACGCCACCAAACUGAAGAAGGUGGAGAAUAUGAAGGAGAUCAGAGAUCAGACAGUGGGCACCGCAGCCAUGGCACCAGCGCCAAGGCUGAGCGCCAAGAUGAAGGCACUGCCUGGCACCAAUGAACCCUACGAGGUCAGCAGCCAGUGAGACAUAGAUGCCUCCUAUGUGGAUCCACCAAAGACUGCAGCCAAGAAGCAUAUAGAGGAUGACGACUUUGCUGAUGAAGAGUUGGGAGACGACCUACUACCGGAGUAGCCAAUUCCAAGUUCCCCUGAUUUACUCCUCUCCUCCUUGACAGUAAGGGCGUUUCGCAUAUGAAAUUCGGUACACUGGUUCAGUUUCCUGGAGCGUUUGUGAGAAUUCUACAGAAUAUGUUUUGCUUUCACAAGACCUGAAAAUAACAGUUUCAGGGUGCGAUUAGCAAGCCGCACAUUCUACAUGAUGUUAGUGAGCUAGCUAGGUAGCUUGUUUACAAUGGGCAAAAAAGUUCCAUGCGACUCGCGCUGAUGCACUACAAUACCUGGUACUCUGGUCCUGGAUCUUGGACCCGCUACUAUAGCAUGGAUCUGGAUCAUAAGGUUAUAUGUGAACAACAAGUUCAAAGUAUCUAUACAUCACAUUCCACCAGAGUGGUGCAAACUGAGAUGAUUAUUUUCCCAUAUGCUAGCCUGGAUGCAUUUUAUCACCUGGAAACUUUCUGUGAAAAUCCCUUGUUAUUAACUCUACGGUAACCUCAGGACAGUAAUACAGUUUUAACCCAGUUUAGAGGCUCUUCAUUUAAAUGUAUACUUUAUAAAAUAUGUUUAUAUUGCAAAGCACUAUUUAUUGUAAUUUGCAAGUCUUUCCUGGCUUUUUGUGUUCUGACUGAGGCAAAGAAGUGCAUAUAUGUAUCUGAUUUGUCUAUUUUCAGAUAAUGAAAAAAUGUCACCAUAAAUUUUUGCUCUUGUUCAUUUUGGAUGCAUGGGUUUGGGUGUUGAAAAGAUUAAUUAUGAACCAGGUUGUUCGAGCCCUGAAUGCUGAUUUUCUGAAAGCUGUGGUAUAUCAGACUGUAUACCACGGAUUUGACAAAACAUUUAUUUUUACUAUUCUAGUUAUGUUGGGAACCAGUUUAUAAUUGCAAAAAGGCACCUCUGGGGUUUGUGGUCUAUGGCCAAUAUACCACAGUUAAGGGCUGUAUCCAGGCACUCCACAUUAUACAACACAACUCCACCUUUGAAAUAUUGCAUUGUAGAUACGGAAAGUUGAAAGUAUGAACCAUGCCCGAGCGCAGGUGGAUGAAUUCUUGUCAUAAUCAACCGAACAUUUCCUAUUACGGCUGUCCGUGCCAGCCAAUCUGUUCAACAUUCUAUCCCGAAAAUAUUUCAGAGUGGAAAAUAGCUGGAUGAGUACCUGCAGUUCGGCAACCAUUCGAGUGACUCAGAGCGCAGUGCAAUGUUUCCAUCUGCGCAACAAGAAUUACAUGGGAGGACCCGACAACAGACUGAAGUUUUCGCAGACGUCAAAAACUAUAUAAGGGGUUCUAAACCGAUGCUGUAUAGCCCGAUAAUACUUUUUUUGGCAGUAAAAAUUUACAAUUUCGUGUCCAACAGAAGUGCGCAACGAUGUUUGGUCGAGUAUCUUUCGUGUUUUUGCUUCUGGUGCUGUUAUGCGAUGUGGCAUCGGUAGCCAAGGUGUCCAAGAAGUCCACCCGGAGCCGACAGUGUUUGGAUUUACCGGAAGAAAUCCUCGAGCAGAUGUUUGGGCGGCUUUCGGUGGGCGUCCUGAAUGCGUUCCACCACACUCUGCAGCUUGCACCAUUGGAGCGGAAGAAUCUCACCUGCCCAUCAGCGGGACGCCCUGUUCCCGACAGGAAGUCUCGGAUCCCCGUCAACCUUCUCAGCUUGUCUCCCUGGGCAUACAGGAUCUCCCACGACCCCGCCAGGUAUCCCAGGUUCAUACCCGAGGCAUAUUGCUUGUGUAAAGGCUGUCUGAUAGGACCGUUUGGUCAGGAGAGCGACCAGUACCGCAGCACCCCUGUGUACAUGCCCUCCGUCAUCCUGCGACGCACAGGGUCCUGCGUUGGGGGGCGCCACUCAUACACAGAGAGCUACGUAUCUGUGGCCGUGGGGUGCACCUGUGUUCCCCUGCUGGAGAAGGAUAGGGAUGCGCAGAGCAGCAACCAGAGCCUGGAGAGAGAACAGACAAAAGCUGACGAGCUCAGCUCCAACGACAAGAACAUAUAAAACAUCCAUGGAAAGCAAGGCAAUAGAAUAAAGGGCUGUAUAAUAUGUAUGAAAAUGUAUGGUUGGCUGUAUAACAACAGUGUACCUAGUACCAGCUUUUGAACAGCAAUAUAACUCUAGCCACACACUGCCACCUGCUGGUGAAUGGAAUUAUAUUUCAUGAUCAUCUAAGCAUGUUUCCAGGCUUUCAUAACAGUUUUUAUUUUCUGUGUGUGUAUAUGAAAUAUUAUUUACACUGAGGUCAAGCAUAAAUUAAUAGCAUUAUUCACUUCAUAAUUCUGUCAUAAGGGAUAACAAAUCAUUAAAAACCAUCCCCGAG